CUCUAUUUCUCUGAUUCCACCAUGAUUGACAUCUUGUUAUGCAAUUGGAAACAACGAACUUUCCAAAAAGGAUUUCAAAUACCAAAAUAGUCAUGUUAUGAUGGAGUAAUGAUAACUACUCGAUACUACCAUAUACCGACGGCCAAAGUCCCAAGCAAGCCAGCCAAAAUUCCAUAUCAACCACCCGGCACAUUCUCUACCAAGUCGCCCCUCAAUCGAUAAGCUCUUCUACUAUUCCAAAGAGUAGCUCACACAACUCGAUAACCAUCUUUUCCAUCCACAAUGCUGGCGCGUCCUCCACCUCUCAGUACCCCUCACUCACUACACACGCAUCUCCUCUCCUUCCUCACUCUCUCAAUCCAUACAAUAUUACACGCGCGCGGUCUCUAUCCUGAAAAUACCUUUCUCUUGACGCGCGCUUUCAAUUUCCCUGUCCCUCAGAACCGCCACCCUGAACUUUGCGCCUACAUAAAUUCCUGCGUCAGCGCCAUAACCCCUCAUCUCCAAGCUGGAACCAUCAAUACCGUCUCCAUAGUAAUCUAUUCCGAUUCUCCCGCCGUCGCAUCCUCUUCCUCUCCCAACGAUAUCUCCUCCUCCCCCCCCACAGAACCUUACCCAUCUUCCCCCUCAGUCCAAAUACUCGAACGCUACAUUUUUAAUCUUUCCUCUUUUCCCUCCAUCCCCUUCAACGAACGCUUUACAUUCCUCGAAGGGCGCGCUCCUGCCGAUAUAAGUACCAUUCGCAAUGUUGACGUCGAAGAAGAAUUACGUGCUUGUUUAAGAAAGCUAGCUUACAGCGCGAGUAAAUUGGAAGACUUAAAGAAUCCAGAGGAGUGUACGUGGGGAGUUGUUAUGGAAAUGAAAGAACAUGAAGGAGAGGGAAAUGCGCCAAUUAGACACCCACAGCGCUGGGAACCGGCGGUCGCGGAAUUGCAAAUCCCAACUGGAGGCGCGACAGAUGUAAAAGGAAAGGGAAAAGCCAGAGAUGACGAACCGGUAACUAGGAAAGAGAGUAGAGUUGGGAACGCGAGAGGAGGUAUAAAGAGUACGGCUAUCAGGGCAGUGGAAGUGGGAGAUUUCAUCAUGGAAGCUUGGAUCGAAGAAGGAAAAGCCAAGUUUGAGAAUCGAGAAUGGCGCUCCCAAGAUGAGGGUCGGCAACAUGAGUAUGAAUGAUGGGUCAUCAUUACCAGCCAAAUGAACGAGAUAAAAGGACGUCUACGCCAACAAAACUGGUACUCUCAGAGGAGGAAAUCAAUCGUAAGAUACGUGCGCCAUGUAGUUAUCAGCCGGCAAAUGUAGGUCUCGAAAUCGUAAAAGUAUCCCUACUUAGCACAAUCCUCUACGCAAAUGACUGUACUUUAUUAUGGACAUACAACCCCUCAACACAGUCGGAGUAUUCUACUCCAUCCCUCCCUCAAAACCCGAAAGACUCAAUAUCUACACCGAGGAUCUAAUGGGAAGGGAUGGGAGUUAAGAAAGGGAUUUGAAAAUUGAAGCGAGCAGGUAUACCUUGGUAGGGUAGUGAUACAUGCUUGAAGUACGUGCGUAAGAAUCCCACUCUGCGUAGAGAUUGAAAGAUAUCCAAAUCCAU